AUGGGGGAGUUGAAAUUGGGAUUUGAAACAUGGAAUGGGCCAUCGUCCUGUUCUUACCACGACAUUGAUGGCGAAGGCGAAUCUCCCGAAUCUCCCAUUCCCAACCAUAUCUGGUGGACGGAUAAUACAUCUGCUAGUAGCAGUACUGCUAGCGCCCGACCACCGUCCCCAUCGACACCGAGUGUGUCUGGCUCGUCUAUCUUCGAGGCCCGGCGCUACUUUCCAGAAGACACUGACGCUGUCUCUCUGCGUACAAGCAUCACCGACGACGACCGCAGCGGCAGUCCUGCUCCCAGCCUCAAUAUGCCCCGCCCAGGAGCCCCAGCACGCGGAAAGCGCAAACGCCUCUCCAAGGCAUGCGAUUCAUGCCACAAGAGCAAGCGUCGGUGCGAUGGCACGUCCCCGUGUGCAAACUGCGACUUUGCCGGCAAGCAGUGCGUCUACACCGAUGCCAACGGACGCGUAGUCCCUCCCCCACGCAGCCGCGAACACGAAGAGGAACACCAUGCCACCAACCGCCCACGCAGGCAUUCCGUCUCUGUCGCACACCUCAUGACCCAUGGCCAAUAUCACGCGCCCGAUGACCGCACAGGCCCCUUGUAUGCCACCACUCCCUCGUCUCCCAUGCCUCAGCUAGCAGACCACCAGCACCGGCCGGUUCCUAUCCCUGGCCAUCAUCACAUCCGUCCCGAACAACCUCCGCGUCCGUUUGCAACUCCCAUCAAUCCUCCCCCUGCAUGGGACUAUUACCCAUACUAUCGCCGUGAGCCAGAGAGCGAAGACGACAUUCGUCGCAGUCGUCGUCGCUACGAGUCUUUCCCCCCGCCGGACCCCGCUGAGCGCGGUCUCUAUCCCGGUCUAAACAUAGUCUCUCCCAGGUCAGGCAUCGGUCGUCUUUCUGGAGACAAGGGCGUCCUCGACAUUGAGCCCCAUCUGGCCAGAGAGCUCGUCAAUCUCUUCUUCGCCAACCAACACCCUGCCAACCUCAUGUUCCAUCGCCCAACAUUUAUGCUGGCCCUAAGCAAAGGCCAGGUUCCUAUGCCCCUACUCAACGGUAUAUUUGCUCUCGCCGCUCCGUACUCGUCUCGGCCAGCCAUCCGUACCAACCCGUCCUGGCACGCUGGAGAACGCUUUGCCCAGGCCGCAAAUGCCGAGCUCUUUGAUCAAGGCGGCCAGUUGGCUCUGCGUCCCGACCUCGCAGUCGCCCAGACCCUCUGUCUCCUCGUCCUCCACGAGUGUGUCAUGCGUCGGCCCACUGCCACCAACGACCGGCACAUGUGUCUUGCAUUUCAGAUUAUGAAAGACCUCGGUGUUUCUAACAUGGAUGACCCGGCCAACAUCGCACUCUCUUCCUCGUCCACUCCCGAACGAGACACGUUCGAGCAAUGGGUUAGUGCCGAGUGCCACCGACGCACGUUCUGGAUUCUAUACGUUGACAGCCAACUCAAGGUCCGGCUACCAGUUGAUGAUGCGAGCUUUGAGUUUGGGUUGCGCGGAGAUAAUCCGCCUGAGUAUCUCCAAUUCCCAAUGGCUCAGACCAAGAUCUCAUCCACAGGCGAACUGGGCCAUCUCGUGCGCGUUACGUGGAUAUACAGUACCGUCAUGAGCCAAAUCACCGAGCUCAACAAGAAGGGUCGUCCGCCCGGGCCUGGAGACGCGGUCACGGCGGACACUAUUGCCCAUUCCGAGCAUGUUUACACGCAAGUCCUCUUUCCUUGGUUUCUGUCCUACCUAACCAACGGUGCGUCCAUCGGCGGAUGGUCGUACGCCUACAUGCACGCGUUGGCGGAAUGUUCUGUUUUAGGCCUGCAUGAGCUACUCGAGGUCAUGCCUAAUCGGGAAGCAGCCCGGGUUCACACUGCCCGUCAACAACGUGCACUUGACAAUCUAACUAUUAUUCUUGGUUCGCUGGGCAGCCGCGGGCGGCUGAGCAUAUGGACUGCAACCCCACUUUUGGCCGUCGUCCGCUACCGCGCCGCACUUGCCUCUUCCCAACCGGACCCGCACGUAACCGAGUGGUGCACCGAGUUCCAACAACAGUGGGGCGUUUCCCUCGCCGAGCUCAUCAACCCCGAAUUCCGGCGCGUGUGGUGCGCGAGCGUGAAACCCAGCCAAGAGCCCGGCUCGACGACCCCGACGCCUCCGCCGCCCUCGCCUCGUCCGCCACAGACGAUGAUGAUGUCUUCGUCUUCUGUUUCUUCUUCUUCUGCUUCCCAUGUGACGUUGCCCCCCUUGCAGUCGUUUGUGCAUAUGCACCCUCCGCCUGGUCCGGGAGGCGGCAACGGCGGCGGGGGGCUCCCGUUGCCGCCGAGCAGCUUGGGACUUCCGUUACCUCAGACCAAUUCGGGACAUUCGCCCUUGUCCCAUGCUAGCCUCGGCAUACCGUUGUCUCAGAGCACUGGGCCUCCUACGACUGGGGGCGGAGGUGGGGACACGGCAAUGCACACUCUGCCCCCUCUUGAUCGACGAAGAGGAAUACCACGCGGGCUACCGUGGCUUGAAGAUGAAUUGAAAAACGCAAGCGGGGUCAGUGCGGAUGUCAAGGGUGGAUAA